AUGAAUAAUUUUAUGGAUGACCAAGCAAGACAGAUAGGAAUUGGGAUAGCUCCUACUUCAUUAAGCAAAUUACCACCUGGAGGAAAAAUAAUUUAUUCAAAGUCUAAAAAAGCCAAAGCCUUACAAGAAAUAAUAGAUUAUGCCAGAUUGGGUCUUGAUAUAGAAGAUGAAAGACCUUACGAUCCAAUGAAAAUUGAUCUUGCUAUUUUAAUGCAUCUUGAACUGUUAGAAAAAGAAACCACCUCAACAGAAGAUCCUAAUAAUGAGGAAGAGAAAGUUUAUGAAAAGAUAGUUUAUGAGGAUGAGGAUAAUAAAAAUAUCAAGUAUGUAGAAGUCGAAGAUAGAUCUGAAGAGAUGCUUUGCAAUAAUUCUACUAUAGCUAUGAAUCUUGUAAAAAAAAAAAAUAUCCUUAACGAAUUUAAAACCCUUUUAUCUUCUUAUAAUUUAUCACUAGAAUUAGCAAGCUCUAUGGCUUUAGAUGAACCUAUGGAUAUUAAUUUGGUACAUCAUCCUGCUAAUGAUCUUACAACUGCUGAAUGUAGAAUUAAUAAUAUUUUAAUUCCCAAAGCAGUAUUGGAUGGAGGUGCUCAGUGUACUAUGAUAAGUAAAAAACUAGCAAGGAGUCUUAGAUUAAAAAUUGAUACAACCAAUUCUCCAUCUCUCGAGGGAGUUGCCACUGAUGCCAGCUCAUAUGGAUCAUAUUAUAAUAUACCAAUUAUAUUUACAAAUAGAGCAUUAACAAGAGAUACAGAUUAUACAAUAAUACAUAAUGUAAUAGUUAGUGAUUAUGAUAAAUAUGCUUUGAUUAUUGGCACUGACUGGCUUGAUCUUGCUGGAGGUAAAGUAGACUAUGAAAAGCGUGAAUUUAGAGUUGGCAAUACAUUUGUUUCUAUUUCUGUUCACAAAUCAAAUAUUAAAGUAACUGCACAACUACAGAUCAAGAUUCAAAGGAUUAUUGCUCUGCAAUAA